AUGGCGGACCAACACGAGAUCGAUCUCGAUUCUAUAAUCGAUCGCCUUUUGGAGGUGCGGGGCAGCCGUCCCGGCAAGCAGGUCCAGCUUCUCGAGUCCGAGAUCCGCUAUCUCUGCACCAAGGCCCGCGAGAUCUUCAUCUCCCAGCCCAUCUUGCUCGAGCUUGAGGCGCCCAUCAAGAUCUGCGGCGAUAUCCACGGCCAAUACUACGACCUCCUGCGCCUCUUCGAGUACGGUGGCUUCCCGCCCGAGGCAAACUACCUCUUCCUCGGUGAUUACGUCGACCGCGGGAAGCAGUCGCUCGAGACCAUCUGCUUGUUGCUGGCCUACAAGAUCAAGUACCCCGAGAACUUCUUCAUUCUCCGUGGCAACCAUGAGUGCGCUUCUAUCAACCGCAUUUAUGGUUUCUACGAUGAGUGCAAGCGCCGGUACAACAUCAAGCUGUGGAAGACCUUCACGGACUGCUUCAACUGCUUGCCUAUCGCGGCUAUCAUUGACGAGAAGAUCUUCACCAUGCACGGUGGCUUGAGCCCUGACCUCAACUCGAUGGAGCAGAUCCGUCGCGUUAUGCGUCCGACAGACAUCCCCGAUUGUGGUCUGCUCUGCGACCUGCUCUGGUCAGACCCUGAUAAGGACAUUACUGGCUGGUCCGAGAACGACCGCGGUGUAUCGUUCACCUUUGGCCCGGAUGUCGUCUCGCGGUUCCUCCAGAAGCACGACAUGGACCUUAUCUGCCGCGCCCACCAAGUUGUCGAGGAUGGCUACGAGUUCUUCUCUAAGCGCCAGCUCGUCACGCUGUUCAGCGCUCCUAACUACUGCGGCGAGUUUGACAACGCCGGUGCCAUGAUGAGUGUUGAUGAGAGCUUGCUCUGCUCCUUCCAGAUCCUGAAACCUGCCGAGAAGAAACAAAAGUACGUGCCCGGUUUCGGAGGCGGCAGCCGACCGACCACUCCCAGGAAGCAAGCCAAGUAA